CUCCAACUCUCUCCUCCCUCUCCCUCGCCCUCUCCUCCUCUCCCUCCCUCGCCCUCCCCACUUUACCUGUCGGGGACUACGACUCUUUCUCUCUGCUCCGUCGUGGUCGGAUAUGGCUUGAGUCUUGUCACGCCCUUUCUCCUCCCAUUCAUGCUCCGUUAAUUCCUAUAAUUCCAGUGCUGGUUGCCUCCCGAUUUGCCGUUUCCAAGACCUAUAGAUUUCCCAUUCUCACCCCCACUCCCGAUUCCCAUUCAUAAUGCCCAAGAACCGACCCGCAACAUCGGGCUACGCCCGGUUGGCCCAGGAGGAGGAAGAACGCACCAAUGACCUGUACGAUUAUUCAGACGACGAGGACCUGCAGCAAGCCUCCGCCACGAUAUCCCAGUCCGCCCCCCGAUAUGCCCCCAUCUCCUCCCGAGCCCAGAUGCAGGCCGCCGGCCUGUCCUCGCCGCCCGAGCCUCGACGCAGACACAGUGGACAAUAUCGCCGAGGGCGGAGGAAUUCCGGCGUGGACAUCAAGGCCAUCAACGCGCGCCUCGAGCGGUGGGCCGAGGAGAUCGCCUCCAAGUUCAAGAUCAACCGCGUCAAGGGCAAGACCCUCGAGGAGGAGAAGCUGGAGAUCUACCACUCCGUUUUUCAGGCCCCCGACGGCGUCCACCCGAUCACCGCCGAGGAGCUCGAGUCGGACGAGGUCGAGGGAGCCGCGCGCAGGGCCCGAGACGAGUUCGAGGAGGUCGUGGAGAGUGUCCGGGUGGCUAUUGAGCUGGGCGUCCACCCGCGGAUGAUCUCCCAGGGCAGCUCCGGCAGUUACUUUGCCCGCAAUGGCGACGGGAAAGUGGUGGGCGUCUUCAAGCCCAAGGACGAAGAGCCGUAUGCCUCGCGGAACCCCAAAUGGACCAAAUGGAUCCAUCGCAACCUGUUCCCCUGCUUUUUCGGACGGGCGUGCCUGAUCCCCAACCUGUCCUACGUCUCGGAGGCCGCUGCCUACGUGCUCGACUCGCGCCUGCGCACCAAUCUCGUCCCCUACACCGAUAUUGUCUGGCUGUCGUCCAAGUCGUUCUUCUACGACUUCUGGGACCGCAGAAAGGCGUGGAUGCACAAGCGGCCGCUCCCCCACAAGGCGGGCAGCUUCCAGGUCUUUCUGAAGGGCUACAAGGACGCGAACCUGUUUCUGCGCGACCACCCCUGGCCGGAUCAGACCAACACCGGCUUCCGGGCCGAGGACGCCCCGAAGCGCAAGAAGCGGCCGUGGAGCGAGUCGUGUCGGCCCUCGGGCGUCCAAUCCGAAGACGAAGAUGAAGAGGAAGAUAACGGUCAGGCCCGCACCCCGUCGCCCCGGGAGGAGGCCCGGGAACGGCGGUUCUACUGGACGGAGGCGCUGAAGCAGUCGUUCCGGGAAGAACUGGAGAAGCUCGUGAUCCUCGACUACAUCAUGCGGAACACGGACCGUGGCCUGGACAACUGGAUGAUCAAGAUCGACUGGAACACGGAGGAAGUGUCCAUCGUCGCGGACCCGCCCAAGCCAAAUGAGGCCCCUCGGCCGGAGGACGAUGAGGACAUGCCGCCUGCGCGCCCAGUGUCAGUCAACUCGAACGGUACGCCGACCGCCGCCCGCCCGUACCGCCGACACGAGAUGGUGGCCGUCAGUCGCACGGGGACCCCUUUGAACGCGACUGAGCCCCAGGCAUCCAUCCAGAUCGGCGCCAUCGACAACAGUUUAUCGUGGCCGUGGAAGCAUCCUGAUGCGUGGCGAAGCUUCCCCUUCGGCUGGCUGUUCCUGCCCGUCUCCCUCAUCGGCCAGCCGUUCUCGCAGAAAACCCGCGACCACUUCCUGCCGCUCCUGACCUCGUCCGCGUGGUGGAGCGGCACGCAGAUGGCGCUCCGGCGGGUGUUCUCGCAAGACUCGGACUUCAAGGAGAGCAUGUUUGCGCGGCAGAUUGCGGUCAUGAAGGGCCAGGCGUGGAACGUGGUCGAGACGCUGAAGCAUGCGGACCAUGGCCCGCUGGAGCUGACGCGCCGGACGCGGGUGUGCGUGUGGGACGACCUGGUGGACGUGCCGGUGGCCAUCCCCCUGCGCGGGCCGUCGACCGAUGCGCAAAAACGCAAGGUGAAGAGCUACGAACAUUACGACAAACACGCCCGUUACGAUCCGGACAACGAGGAGAUGGACAUCGGGGCGGCCAUGUCGCUGGGCACCGGGCCCGACGUGGACCUGCUGGGGCUGCACUCGCCCCCGAACGAACUGCCCAACCCGAAUCGGUUCGAGCUGUCGCGCGGGCGCGGGUCCUCGUCGGGACACGCGAGGGCGCAGUCCGGUAGCCCGGCCACGAUGGGCGACUAUCGGUACGGCCGCGAUAGCUUCGACGACGUGAGCCACGGGCGCCUGGACCGGAGCUGGGCGACGUUGCCGCCGCGGCCGGGCCGGCACCAGAAGCACAGCUCGCUGUCGAGCGCGCGGGGACAGGCGCAUCUGAUCUUCAGCAGCGACGACCUUGAGGGCGAUCUCGGAUACGCGGCGGCCGAGGGGAUGGAAGGCAACCAGCGCAAGGUGAUCGUCGAGCGACUGGAGGCCGUGAAGAGCAAGAAUCCCAAACAGCGACUGCAGGACAAUGGUAAUUCCCCGGAACCCACAUCGCAGUGGGACCCUCUCAGCGCCUUGCCCGAUGGACCCCAAGAUCAGGAGGGUCAGGACCAGGAUGAUCGCGGUGAUCCUGAUCCCCUCUGCUUUUUCCCCUCCGCCCUGCGCGACCCUUCCCCUCCCGAUGACCCGACCGGCUCAGACACGGAACACUCACGUAUCCCCAUCCCAGGUCCCGCCCAGCAGGAUUCCUCCCCGUCCGCCGCCCCCGCCGGCACCGCCGCAGCCGCCCACCGUCUCCUCAGCCCGCGACGUCGCCAGCCCCCGCAGAAAGCCAGCCCCAAGGCCCAGUCGAGGUCGCAGUCGCAGUCCCAGUCCACCCGUUCCUCCAUCGCCCCGGACACCGCCAGCUCGUCGCCCCAGCACGACGGCAGUUCGCUCGAUGUCGAGUUUACGAGUGCGCAGUUCGAGGACCGACGCGAUGGGAAGCGGGGUUCCGAGCAGCUCGACGACGUGCGCCAUGGCAGCCUCCUCGAGAACAUGUUCGGGGUCGAGGAGCGCGCGCAUCAACCCUACAAGAAGAUAAAGCUCGAGGGCGAAGAUCAGAAGCCCGCGACCGCGAGGAAGUUCGCCGGCGCGGGCAAUACCGGGCUGGGGGAAUGGAUGAAGGACCGUUCCAAGUCGGAUUCGCCUGCCGUGCAUGACAUUGUCGAUUUGACUACUGAUGUGUCGGCAGCCGCCACCGAUGACGACGAGGUGCAGGUCACCGGGUCGAACAACCUCAGUCUACAGAAGGUGUGUUACGGAAAGAUCGACAAUGCUAUGAUCCACGCCUCCUUGGUCCCGAAGCCGUCUGCGCAGACGAUCUUCGGCGACUCGACGCACGACUGGCCUUCCAUCAAGCUCGGGGUGCACCGACGGGCGGGCCAGAACACCCGGAUCGAGGUGUCAGAUCCCCAUGGAAAGAUAUUCGGGGUCGUCGAUGGGAAGACAGCCGCAGUGAUCGUCCCGCUGCUCGACUCGCCGGUGUUGCGGGUGAGUAUUACAGUUCGGUUGGAUGUCCGGAAACGACAGGAUGACGAGUGGCCCUGGGCGCCGUGCUCGCAUGCCUACCGGGCGUCGGUCAACCUGUACGGCCUGCGGAAGGACGCGGAACGUGUCGGGAAGCACCUCGGGCAGAACAAUGUGUGGUUGGGGUCGCCGUUCUCCGUGGAGCAGGGCGUGCCGGUGCUCAAUCCCCACGCGGAGAGGCGACGGGCUCAGACGGCGUUCCUGCCGGCAGUGGCUGCGAGGGGGAGGAUAGGGGUUAACUAUGAAGUGCGGACGGCAGAAGAAGUCAACGAUGCGGUGAUGAAGAUGUUCGACCAGCUCCAGAGUGCAGACAACCUACCGGAGAUGGAGCCUCCUUCUGGCCUGACCACUCCGCUGCUUCGCCACCAGAAGCAGGCGCUGUGGUUCAUGACGGAGAAGGAGAAGCCGCGCAAGUUCGGGACCAACGAGGCAGAUAAUAACUCUUUGUGGCGGAUGGACUCCCAUACCAAUGGCAAAAGACGCUACCGCGAGAUCAUCAGUGGCACGGUGCUUGACGAAGAGCCACCGCAGAGUCUGGGCGGACUGUUGGCCGAUAUGAUGGGUCUGGGCAAGACCUUGAGCAUCCUGUCGCUGGUCGUGUCCUCGCUGGACGAUGCGCGUCUGUGGGCGGACAUGAUCCCCGACCCGGAUCUGGUGCGCAGCCUGCCGGGCAUUCGCAACACGAAGACAACGCUGCUGGUGGCGCCCCUCAGCGCGGUCAACAACUGGGUCGGCCAGAUCAAGGAGCAUCUCCAGGAAGAUGCCAUCUCAUACUACGUCUUCCACGGCUCGUCGCGCACCAACGACGUGGAUGAACUGUCCCAAUACGACUUGGUGGUCACAACCUACAGUAUCAUCCUCAGCGAAUUAUCCGGGCGGGGGGCGAAACGCGGCGUCAGCGUGCUGACCAAGAUGAACAUGUUCCGGAUUGUCCUCGACGAGGCGCACACGAUCCGCGAGCAGAGCGCGGCGCAGACACAGGCCAUCUUCAAGCUGAACUCACAGCGUCGAUGGUCCGUCACGGGCACGCCGAUCCAGAACCGGCUGGACGACCUCCUCUCCGUGACCAAGUUCCUCGGACUCUUCCCAUACGACGACCGCGGGCGAUUCGGGAUGCACAUCCUCAGUCGGUUCAAAACCGGGGACGCCUCAGUUCUAGCCAGCCUCCGCGUGCUCGUCGACUCGUUCACGCUCCGCCGGGUGAAAGACAAGAUCGAUCUGCCUGCGCGACAGGACAAGAUCAUCAUGCUCACAUUCACGGAGAAAGAGAGCCAGCUGCACGAGUUCUUCCGGAAGGAGUCCAACGUGAUGAUGCGGGUGAUCGCCGGCGAGGAGAAGUCCAAGAUGAAAGGUCGGAUGUACCACCACAUCCUGAAAGCGAUGAUGAUCCUCCGGCAGAUCAGCGCGCACGGCAAGGAGCUCCUCGAGCCGGACGACCGCAAGCGCAUCAAGGGGAUGAGCGUGCACGACGCGAUCGAUCUAGAAGAAGGCGGGGGCGACUCCGGGGCAACCGACAAGAAAGCCUACGAGAUGUUCAUCCUCAUGCAAGAGUCAUCCGCAGACUCCUGCGCCUUAUGCGAAAAGCGCCUCGAAGAGCCAUCCUCCGACAACGGCACCACCGACCGAACAAACCCCAUGGCCAUCGUCCUCCCCUGCUUCGACGUCCUCUGCCCAGACUGCUUCUCCAGCUGGAAACAAGCCUUCGACAGCCCCGGUCCAUCCCACGACAUCAAAUGCCAAGUCUGCGACGGCUGGAUCCCUGCCUCUUACUCCACCAUCACUACCGGCGGCCUACAAGACUACGUGGUCGACCAAGCGCACGCCAAACAAAGCCGACGCCACGCCAAAACCCUCGGCGAAUAUGAAGGUCCCCACACCAAGACCCGCGCCCUGAUCUCGCAACUCCUCGACGCCGCCGAGGAAAGCAAAUCGCACUCCGGCCCCCCCAUCAAAUCUGUCGUCUUCUCCGCUUGGACUUCCCACCUCGAUCUGAUCGAGAUCGCCCUCCGCGACAACCACCUGCCCGGCUUCACCCGGCUGGACGGCACCAUGACCCUCGCCGCGCGCCACAAAGCGCUGGACGAAUUCCACCGCAACGACGACAUCACCGUCCUGCUUGCGACCAUCGGCGCCGGCGGUGUCGGGCUGAAUCUCACAUCCGCGUCCCGUGUGUAUAUCAUGGAGCCGCAGUAUAAUCCAGCUGCGGUGGCGCAGGCCAUCGACCGCGUGCAUCGCAUCGGGCAGACCAGGGAGGUGACCACCGUGCAGUAUAUUAUGCGGGGGAGUAUUGAGGAGAAGAUCUUCGAGUUGGCCAAGAAGAAGCAGCAGCUCGCGGAUUUGAGUCUCAACCGCGGCAAGUUGGAUAAGAGGGAGGUUCAAGAGCAGAGGAUGAGGGAGUAUAGGGGGUUGUUCAAGUAGAUGGUUACUUGAAUGAAAUAUCGGGGUUGGUCAGGAGAAUAGAAGGGGGGGAACGGAAGGGAAGGACAGGAAGAUGGGACGGGACGGGAUAAGAAGGGAAGGAAAUGGAAGGAGGUGCUUUUGAUACCCAGGCGUUGGUUGGUUUCAUCUCGUUUUCAUUGGCAUGAUCUAUGGAUGGAUGGUAUAGAGUAUAGGUGGUUUAGAUCGGGAUUUAUGCGCUGGCAUGGCUGGCAGCUGGCAGAGCUCGCAUUUAUGGAACAUAGCUGGCAUAUCAUAUUAUGGAUCACGCAUAGCUGAGCAUCACAUCAUGUACAGCUGAUGCAUUACGGUUAGCUGAGCAUAUCAC